CAAAAAAGGCUGAACAGCCAGAGGCAGCACCCCCCUCCCCAUCUCCUCCACCUCCUCCUCUCUCCUCCCCCCCCUUCACUCUCCUCAUCCAUCCAUCCAUGCUUCCUCCUCUCCGCUGCUGGAUGGUGCGUUAGGAGCGCUUGUAGGACGGUACCGGAGCUCCUCCUCUGUCUGAUGGAGACGGACUGAGUACAGGGACCAGGUCCGGUGAGGAUCCGCUGCUAUAAGAGCCGAAGGAGACGGAAGGAGAGGGGGAGACACGGAGCUGGAGUAAACAAUAGAAACUGCAGCGUGAUAUCAGACUGCAAUUCAAUUACGGUCGCUGGCUGGAGGCUUUUCCUUUUAAUUUAGAUGAGGAAGGUUGCGAGCGCCUCCUCAAGUCUGCAAAUGGAAAGUCUUCCAGCUGCAAAACAUGGCUCUGAUGAGCCCAAAUUACAGAGAUGAUAACCAUCUUACAUCAUCUGAUCCUGUCUGUUUCCAGACAGCUGGGGUUUAAAAUAGGAUCACAUCCUAAAUACAAAGCAAAAACUGAGCUUAUUUUGCUUCAGGCCAGAUCUGAAAUUUAAUGCAGGGCAUCAGAGGUGAGCAGGCGGCGAGGCCUCAGCGAGGAUGUGUGAUGACAGAGCUGGACUGUGUGGCUCCUACUGAUCCUCCAUCCUCUGAAGGUCUCCUGCCUCUCUUCCUCACCAGCUGCCUGAACAGGGCGUGUCUCUGUGAUUGUGUUUAACAUGCACGCUCCCACGAGUGUGUAACCUGUCAAGAGAAUUGUUUAGUGUGUGUUAGUGCGUGCGUGUUUGUGUGCGUGUGUACUUCGAGUGCAGAGAUGGGCUCGGUGGGAGCGGAGCGCCGCAGGCCCACACCGGCCCAGACGCCCGAUGAGAGGGAUGUUUGGAGGGAUGGAGGAAGAGCUGGAUGGAGGGAUGCGGGGAGAGAGGGCUGGAGAGAGGGAAGAGAGAGCAGCGUGGUGCAGAGCUACAGCUUCGAUUCGUACCAGCUGGAGGAGGAGGAGAUCAGUAAAGACGCCCCGGAGCGAGGAGUGCUGGCUCUGUCCGAGCCCGACUUUGAGGAGCCGAUCCCUGACGACCGUUACCAUGGCAUCUACUUUGCAAUGCUAUUGGCUGGAGUGGGUUUCCUGCUACCCUACAACAGUUUUAUCACUGAUGUGGACUACCUGCACCACAAGUUUAAAGGGACGUCCAUUGUGUUCGACAUGAGUCUGACUUACAUCCUGGUGGCUCUGUUGGCCGUCAUCCUCAACAACGUGCUGGUGGAGCGACUCAGCAUGCACACCAGAAUCACUGUGGGUUACAUCUUAGCGCUGGGGCCACUGGUCUUUGUCAGUGUGUUUGAUGUGUGGCUGGCAAAGUUCACCACCAGGCAGGCUUACAUCAUCAACCUGGUGUCAGUGGGAGUGGUGGCCUUCGGAUGUACAGUGCAGCAGUCCAGUUUCUAUGGUUACAUGGGGAUGCUGCCCAAGAGGUACACACAGGGGGUGAUGACUGGAGAGAGUACAGCCGGGGUAAUCAUCUCCCUGUCUCGCAUCUUCACCAAGCUGCUGAUCCCGGACGAGAGGAGGAACACGCUCAUCUUCUUCCUCAUCUCCAUCAGCAUGGAAAUGCUCUGCUUCCUGCUUCACCUGCUUGUCCGUCGCUCACGAUUCGUCCGCUACUACACCAACCACGCCCAAGGCAAAGGUCUGAGCAAAGGUCAUGACCCACGUGACAAUGGGACUGGAUACCGGGUUCACCAUGAUGUCACCGCAGAGGACGUCAAAUUUGGUAAUGGUGGGACAGGACCGUCCACUACCGAAGAGGGUGGUGAGGACUUUGUCGGUGGGACAUAUGUGCGAUUUGACGCCCCGAAAGCCAAGAUAAGAAGGAGCUGGCCUGGUGUCCGUGACAUGAUCUUGCAUCGUUACGUGGUGUCCCGUGUGAUCUGGGCCUACAUGCUGUCAAUAGCAGUGACUUACAGCAUCACCCUGUGUCUGUUCCCCGGGCUGGAGUCGGAGAUACGAAACCCCACCUUAGGAGAGUGGCUCCCCAUCCUCAUCAUGGCCACCUUCAACAUGUCAGACUUUGUUGGCAAGAUCCUGGCAGCACUGCCGUACGACUGGUCUGGAGGCCGCCUGCUCUUCUUCUCCUGCCUGAGGGUGGUCUUCAUCCCUCUGUUUGUCAUGUGUGUGUACCCGGCCAGUGCGCCAACCCUGUCCCAUCCAGCCUGGCCUUGUCUUUUCUCCCUCCUCAUGGGAGUCACCAACGGCUAUUUUGGUUCUGUGCCGAUGAUACAGGCUGCUGGAAAAGUGCCACCUGAACAGAGGGAGCUGGCAGGGAACACUAUGACAGUCUCCUAUAUGACAGGCUUGAUGGUGGGCUCUGCUGUGGCUUACGCAGCUUACAGCUUCACCGCUCCAGGAUCAGGAACACGCUUCGCCACACUCAACAUACACACACCUGCCAAUGCUACAGGGUAUUGAAUGUCCACAUAUAAUAAAACACACACACAUACAUAAACACUCAUACAUGUACAUACAUGCAGCCAUUUACAUACACAGGAUCCUGGCAAGAAGAAGCAGCACAGACUGAUGGACUGGAAUCAAACAAGAGACUUUCCAGCUGCAGAGGACAAGAAGACAUCUGUGAAGAACUUUUUAAAGGUUAAUGUUUAUCCUCUGACAGACAGAUUCUCCUUUGUCCAAGUCAUGCUUUGAUUUGGUUCAGUGGAUAAAGAAAGUGGAAACAAAAACAAAACCUGGGAUUUAGUAGUGGAGGAAAUUGUGUGAAAACGUAGCAGAUCUCUCCACUCUCUCAUUGUCCAGCCUGGUGGUCCACUGACCUUUCAAACAUACUGGGUUCUGCAGUGUUGAACUUUUUCCUGGAGGUGAAGAACAGGAGCUGUGCCUCUGCCAGCGAGCCGACAGUAGUCCUUUGAGUGUCUCACAGAGAAAUUAUUGAAUUAUUGUCAGCAUGUGUGUGUGUGUGUGUGCAAACAGGUCAGCUGACAUUUGUACAGUGUUAAGUCAAGUCAUUUUUUGCUGUUGCUGCAGGGAGCAAACAGCUUGCCGUUUUCAAGGAGACCUUCUGUCAAUAUGUUACAUUUUAUGAGUUCUCAGAUCUGUUGAUAUUCAAAAUAGAGAGAUCAUAUAAGAGUGGAUUUUCCUGGACCAUGUUAGCUCAGCUGUUUCCUCCUCAUGAUGUGUCUUCUGAAAAUAUGAUUGAAAUCUUUGAAUGAUGAGUUCUAUCCAUGAUGAUUUGAUUCAGGUACUAUUAGCUAAAUCUUCUGACUGCACCAUUUGAAAACCGCAACAAAAAUAACUUGAAGGGAGCCUCGCUAAAGUCACAGUAAAAUAGAAGUUAGAGCAUCUUUAGCUUCAGUAAUGUGAUGUAUUUUGUGGCUUAGCAUAUACACAACAAAAUAGAGCUGUAGCUUGUUAGCUUCCACCCACACUUCCCUCACCCUCAUUGUUAGAUCAAAAGGAGGAGGAGGAGGAGGAUGAAAAAAAAGUUUUUGCUGGCAGACAUCCAAACACACCUCUGACCAAUGAUUUUGCUGUGCUAGCUGCUAUAACUUGCAAGCUAAGUCACCCCAAAUCACAUCUGAGUGGAAAAAUGUAUGUGUAUGACCCCGAGGUCAAGGUCAGAGUCAUCGAAAAUUAGGGGCGGUCAAUACCAAAAAAUUUGGUUCUGAUUCAAUACCAAGUAACACUAGUGGCAGAACUAUUGAUAUCAAUAUCUUAACGUAUUUUUAAAAGUGGACAAUGUACUGUCAUGAGUUUAAUGCGUCAUUAAUAGAACUCAGAAUAUAUUUUCAUUACCAAUGAUUUACAAAACAUUAGACAUUUCUUUUUAGUAUGCUCUGUUAAUUACUCAAUCAUGUGCAUGUUAAAGCUAUAAUCGAUAUUUUUUUAUAAUAAUUAUCAAAUGAUGAUUUGUAGUGUCAAAGGAGUUGCUAGUGAUGAUAAACCUACAGAGAAUUUUCACCUGACUCUGCAGCUCCUCUGCUUUAUGGAGCUUUAUAGCGAGUUUCUUUAUUUAGCUGUCCAACUGCUACUUUACUGUUUUGGUUCACUCUCACAGCUCUCAUAGCAUAGUUUUCGGCUGGCUGUUUUCAG